AUGGGGGCUUUCGAGUUUCUCGCUUUCAACAAGGUCGGUGACAGCUCUUUUCCGAACCAGAUCUCCCUCCUGUCGGGAUUCGCGGCUAGCGAAGUGGAGGAAAUGUUGAAGCGAAGCUACUCCAACAAGGUUCCCCUUCUGUGGAACGUGUACCAGGCAAUGGGUUACACAACGCUGUUCUUGGAAGAGAUGCCUCACUAUGGCCUGUUCACUUAUCCCAACCAGACAGGGUUUAAAGUGACGCCAACCGACUAUUACCCAGUCUCAAUUCUGCGCCUCAUGGAUGAAAAAGGUGGAAUCGACCGCUUCUGUAUGGGUUCCCGGCUUAAGACUAAGGUGCUUAUUAAGUAUCUUGGCGACGUUCUGAAGCUGAACGACAACUCGAGGACAUUCUCGUACGUCUGGCUGUCGGAUGUGACCCACAACCACAUCAAAGGAAUAGCGAUCCUGGAUGAGCCGCUAUUUGAAUUCUUCAAGAGCCUUUCAAACAGAGGGGUUCUUGACAACACUGUCGUGGUCCUUCUGAGCGAUCAUGGUGCUCGCUAUGGGUCUACACGCCGCAGCGAGCUCGGAAGGCACGAAGAUAAGACGCCGUUUUGCCUUCUAGCUCUACCAAAGCGCUUCCUCCGCGAGCACCCCGAAGUGGCUGCGAGGCUGGAAACAAACCAACGACGCCUUAUUACCGCCUAUGAUUUGCACGCGACGCUUUUGAGCCUAUCGACCUUGCCAUCGUUCUCUGUGAAUCCCACGCGCCGUGGUCUCAACCUAUUCGCCAACAUUCCCGCCAAUAGGACAUGCGCCGACGCGUCGAUACCCCCAGAGUUCUGUGCAUGUCAUGGCACUCAUGGGCCAAUGCGGGAUACCUCUUUGGCACUAGAGUUUGCCCGCUAUGCCAUCGCCUACAUGAAUGCCCUUUCCGAGUUCCACUUUCCAGGACAGUGCCUCACCUGGCGACUAGACCGCAUGCAGAAGGCCUUUGUCAUCGCCAACCACCACUCCAGUAGCCAGCCCUUUGUGCACACCACGCUCCACGUCCUCUUACGCACGAGGCCCCUUGCACACUUUGAAGUGUACGGAAGCCUUCUCAAUUCUUCGACGUCUCCUGAGUUAAAUAGGUUGCUACCUCGAGUAGAUUUCGUGCAAAGGUUGGACAGGUACAGUGAGUGGACUUGGUGCCUACCCAAGAGCGCCUGGCAGAAGAUCUGCAUGUGCAGAUCUCGCGCCCGAGCUUGA